AUGCGUCUCCUCCAUACCUCAUCUCUGGUCUUCCAGGAGUUCUUCGAUGAGCACACACCGUCUUAUGCUAUCUUAUCCCACCGCUGGGGUGAACAAGAAGUGUCCUACGCCGAUUUCCUUGCAGGUCGCAAGCAGGAUCAUGCCGGCCACAUUAAAGUCCUCAAUGCUUGCCGUAUCGCCAGCUCGAACCGUCACGACUGGAUGUGGAUCGAUACUAUAUGUAUCGACAAGACAAGCAGUGCAGAGCUCACCGAGGCUAUCAACUCGAUGUUCGAGUGGUAUGCGCGAUCACAAAUCUACUAUGUCUACCUUCGCGACGUCCCGCCUGAGCUCACGGCUGAACAAACGAACAACGCCUUUCAGCGAAGUGAGUGGUUCUCUCGUGGCUGGACGUUGCAGGAGCUUCUGGUUCCGAAGCACAUCUUGUUCCUGAACUCUGCUUGGAAAUCUAUGGGAACCAAGUCGGAGCUGUCUCCUGCGAUUCAUCAGGCCACGAAAAUCCCGGAGUGGUAUCUGCAGAGACCAGACCAGAUAUGCUUCGCAUCAGUGGCAUCGCGCAUGUCUUGGGCAGCGAGGCGUACAACCACUCGCAGCGAAGAUGUGGCGUACUCGCUGCUCGGCAUCUUCAAUAUCAACAUGCCUUUGCUGUAUGGCGAAAGAGGCCACCAAGCAUUCUUCAGACUCCAGCUCGAGAUUGCAAAAGCGUCUGACGAUGAGAGCAUCUUUGCUUGGACGUCUCCCACGAACGAGCCGUGUGGUAUGUUCGCACCCUGGCCAUCCGCAUUUGCAGGUUCGGGCGAUGUUAAAUCUCUACAUUUGCCUCCCGAAGAUCGGAUACCCUGGAAGUGGACGAACAAGGGACUCCAACUCUAUCUGGCAAGUCCACUCAACACGAAAGCCUCAAUGACGAUGGGGAACUCUUUGAUGGAUCACACCAAGCCCGGUGAGCCCCAUAAGCUCGUGACUUUGGGUUGCUUCAAGAGCGACGUGGAUGUAGACAUGAGGGAUGCCAAAGCCCUGAGGGCAGCUAUGAAGGGUAGGAUCGUACUCAUCGAGCUGCAACGUAUGGGUGCCAGAUGA